UUUUCACUGACAGUCAGCUCUGUGCUUCUGAAAUGGGAGUCAUUUUACUGUUGCAUAGCUACUAUAACACAUAGAGCUCUCUCUCUCUCUCUCUCUCUCUCUCUCUUUUUUUAGCACAACCAGAUAACAUUAACUUGUCAUCACAUAUAUUUUGAUUGUCUAGAUCGUGUUUGAAAUGUCCAUCUUGACAUCGGUCUUAGAAUUAACAUAAGAACGGAUGGGAAAGCGUAAGUUGUCGUGAAUAUAUUUUUUUCACGGUGCUGUGAUUGACGACCAGCUGGUUUCGGGGGGAGUGAUCAGAAGUCAUCAUAUAACACCCCAUCUUGCCAAAUGGAUGAUGAUCUAAAACCUCUGGAUUUCAUAAAGGACUUUCAAGAGUACCUGACACAGCAAACACACCAUGUCAACAUGAUCUCGGGCUCUGUCGGUGGGGAGAUAGAGCCCGACCACCUCCAAGCUGUAGCAGCUCUCCCAGACAGUGAUCAUCACAAUGGGUCGGUGGAAGUCUCUCUGGACGACAGCUCUGGGCUGCUGGUGGACGGCUUUCAGAGGACUUUCGACGGCAAGCUCAAGUGUAGCUACUGCAGCUACGCCAGUAAAGGCACCGCUCGCCUGAUAGAGCACAUCAGAAUUCACACAGGAGAGAAGCCUCACCGCUGCCAGCUGUGCCCCUUCGCCUCUGCCUACGAGCGCCACCUUGAGGCCCACAUGCGCUCCCACACGGGAGAGAAGCCCUACAAGUGUGACCUCUGCUCCUUCCGUUGCAGCGACCGCAGUAACCUGUCCCACCACCGCCGGCGCCGCCACAAGCUUUUACCCAUGAAGGGGGCGGGGCUGCCCGCCUUCCUGUCCAACAAGAAGAUGCUGAACGUCCUACAGAAGAAGAGUGGCAGCUCCCUGGGCCUGGGAGGCUACAGCAGACACCUCCUCAUCAACUUCAGCCCUCCCUCCAUGGUGGUGGGGAAACCAGACUACCUGAACCACGAGGUGUACGAGAGCGAUGUGAAGGACCAUGGGACUGGAGGAGGAGCCAGCAGGGAUGUCAACAGUGACAUGAUGGUGGACAAUAAUCCUCUGAACCAGCUGUCUACGCUGGCAGGCCAGUUGUCCAACCUCCCCCCAGUGGACCAGACCCCUGUGUCUCCUGACAGACUGUCCUGUAACGACGUCAAGCCGUUCCUCAUCCAGCAGGCCUCUGGUGCACCGAUUGCAGUGUCAGUAUCUUUGUCCACCAGUCAAAGUGGUGCCCACCACCACCACUACCACCACCACCACCACCAAACCUCCUCCCCAACCAGCCCCGAGGACCUCCAACCCCCUGCAGGCCAUAGCAGGAACUACAGCCCCAGCCCUGUGGACCCAGAACCCAGCAGUGAGCACAGUGCACACACACGCACCAGCUCAGCUAGCAUUAGUAACAGCCAGCCCAGUACCCCUGCCCUGCUCGGUAGCACACAGCACCCAGACCCACAGAUGCUGCACAGCUGCCAGCACUGCGACACCUACUUUUCAGACAACAUCAUGUAUACCAUUCACAUGGGUUGCCACGGCUACGAGAACCCCUUCCAGUGUAAUGUCUGUGGCUGUAAGUGCAGGAACAAGUAUGACUUCGCCUGCCACUUCGCUCGCGGGCAGCACACGCAGUGACUGACUUCCACAGUAACCCCAGAGAUGAAUUCGAACGAUGUUUGGUCGUCUCACAGAGAACAUUCACGUAUUCCCGUGUUUAUGAUAAUCAGGGAUCAGAGCGAUUCUGAUCUAGAUUUUAUUGUAUCGUUUUUUUUUAUUUUUUAUGAUAUAACUUAGAGAGUGAGUGUUACUUUGAAAUGAGGAAUUGAUGUUUCUAUAAAUGGGAACGCAAUCUGGAGGUUGGAGACAUUUAUCACGUGUCCUCCUCAGUGCCGUCUGAGAAUUUAAAGGAAGUCACUUCUUUUUAUGUUUUAAAUGUAACCUUUUAUUUAACGAGGCAAGUUGGUUAAGAACAAAUUCUUAUUUACAAUGUCGGCCAAACUUUGACAAGGCUGGGCCAAUUGUGGAUGUUAUACAGUCUGGAUUUGAACCAGGGACUGUUGUGACGUCUCUUAGCACCUUGAUGCCGUGCCUUAGACCGCUGCGCCACACGAGAGCCCGACUCUAAAUUAGUUACAUAAAUAUUGGUGAUGUUACAUGCGAGUGACUAAACUUAUAGUUUAAAUAGCGAUUAGCAAGGUAUCUGGUUGCUGUGACUAGAGUUUAAACAGUUUUGGCCUUAUCUUUUAUUUUUAUUUAUUUUACCUUUAUUUAACCAGGUAGGUUAGUUGAGAACAAGUUCUCAUUUGCAACUGCGACCUGGCCAAGAUAAAGCAUAGCAGUGUGAACAGACAACACAGAGUUACACAUGGAGUAAACAAACGUACAGUCAAUAAUACAGUAGAAAAAGUCUAUAUACAGUGUUGUGUAAAUGGCGUGAGGAGUUAAGGCAUGAAGCAAGAAGCAUGAACAAGCCCAUUGGUCCAAAUAGGUGCUCAUCAACAUUGACAAACAGACAGGCUUUAUUAUACAUUGUGUAUAGUAGUGUCUCACUUUAUUGUGAGUGUAAAAACUUAACAUUAUACCAACGGCUUGAAGUGAAUGACAUCUGUGCAUAUUGAUGCUUUCAGCUUAGACAUUAUUUCACUCUGUAAUUUACUCUGCUCUGGUCCACAUUCAGAUUGAUUCCAUGUGUUCUCUGGUCCACAUUCAGAUUGAUUCCAUGUGUUCUCUGGUCCACAUUCAGAUUGAUUCCAUGUGUUCUCUGGUCCACAUUCAGAUUGAUUCCAUGUGUUCUCUGGUCCACAUUCAGAUUGAUUCCAUGUGUUCUCUGGUCCACAUUCAGAUUGAUUCCAUGUGUUCUCUGGUCCACAUUCAGAUUGAUUCCAUGUGUUCUCUGGUCCACAUUCAGAUUGAUUCCAUGUGUUCUCUGGUCCACAUUCAGAUUGAUUCCAUGUGUUCUCUGGUCCACAUUCAGAUUGAUUCCAUGUG